AUGGAGCGCAGCGUGAUGUUCAAAGUGACAUCCCAACACGGUCUCUGCCGCACCAAUCUCCCUCAUCACCAGAUCCGAUUCUACCUCUUCUUCCGCACCCAAUACCACCACAUUCGGUACUCCGCAACCGCCGCAAUUCUACACCCUACUCCUACCGCCGAAAAUCACCCGGACAUCGAGACCGUCUUCGCCGCCGUCCGCGGCAACCUGUCGUACGACUUCGUGGAGGAGGCGCUCGGAGAGGAGCUCCGCGAGCGCCUCCGCGGCCACGAGAUCGGCCGCGCGAUCAGGUUCGCGUGGCGGCACGUGCGGAGGGUUUUCCAGCAGCGGCGGGCGGAGGAGAUCGGAGCGUUCUUCCGGUUGGACGUGGACAUGGAGAUACGGGUCGGGAUCUGGAACGACAGGCCGGCGGCUCCGGCGGCGCUGCGGCGGCUGGUGAAGUGCAACGAUGAGGAGGAUCUCGGGUGGUGCUGCAUCUGCUUGGAUGAUGAGUUGGAUGCUGACGUGGAUGAGAAGCUGAAGAUGCCGUGCUGUUGGAAUGUGUUUCACACCGAGUGCAUUCAGGGCUGGCUCGGGAAGAGUCAUUACUGUCCGCUUUGCCAGUUCGAGAUGCCCACGGCCACGGCCGACUAGGGCGAGGCGGUCGAGGAGCUUAAGCCUC